UCCUUUUGUUGAACGCAGAAAGGAGAAUAAAGAAAGAGAGAAAAAAGCUUUGUUAUAUUUCAUUUAUUUUUCUUUCUAAAUAUCAAAAUUGUUCUUCGCUUUCUCUCUUUUUUCCCUUCAUUCGAUUGAGGGAUAAUUUUCAGAAACAGUUUUGUUUCCAAAAAGAGAGAAAGGAGAAGCAACAAAUUAAAUUUCUUUUUUUAUUUUAAUUUCAAUAGAGAAAAGAAAAAAGAAAUGAAUGUGAUGCGUCGCCUCAAAAGCAUUACUUCUGGACGAUCUUCCGUUUCCGAUCCUGGAGGGGAUUUAAGCCUAAAAAGAGUGAAGUCUGAGCAACAAGUAAAUCACAGGAUGGAUAGUGAAAUUCAAUUGGAAGAGCGAUGUACUAUAGUUCCGAAGGAGAAUGUGACUUCUACGUCCGAGGAAAGUAGUGCUAGUACGUUGAAUGUCGAUAAUAAGCCUGGAUAUGUGGAGCUUCCAAAAGCAAUGAGUGAAAUGAAAAUUACAGACAAACACUCUGAUGACCACGCCGAUGACAUAAAGGACUUGGAGCCUGCUGUUGUUAGUGGUAAUGGAACAGAAACAGGCCAGAUAACUGUGACUACUGUGAGUGGUCGAAAUGGACAGAAGAAACUGACACUGUCUUACAUGGCUGAACGUGUGGUGGGUACGGGUUCAUUUGGAGUUGUGUUUCAGGCUAAGUGUCUAGAAACAGGUGAAUCUGUCGCAAUAAAGAAGGUUUUACAGGAUAGGAGAUACAAGAACAGGGAACUACAGAUUAUGCGCAUGCUCGAUCAUCCUAAUCUUGUUCACCUGAGGCACUGUUUCUAUUCUACUACUGAGAAGAAUGAGGUUUACCUUAACCUUGUUCUGGAGUAUGUGUCUGAAACUGUUUACCGAGUUUCAAGGCACUACAGCCGAGUGAACCAUCACAUGCCCAUCAUAUAUGUUCAGCUGUACACGUACCAGCUAUGUCGGGCUCUGAAUUACAUGCACAAUGUAAUUGGGGUAUGUCACCGUGAUAUUAAACCGCAGAAUCUUUUGGUUAAUCCGCACACUCAUCAGUUAAAGAUCUGUGAUUUUGGUAGUGCAAAGAUGCUGGUACCCGGGGAGCCCAAUAUUGCCUACAUUUGUUCUCGGUAUUAUAGAGCGCCUGAAUUGAUCUUUGGGGCUACAGAGUACACAACUGCAAUUGAUAUGUGGUCAGCUGGUUGUGUUUUUGCUGAGCUACUUUUGGGACAGCCUCUUUUCCCUGGAGAAAGUGGUGUUGAUCAGCUGGUGGAGAUCAUCAAGAUUUUGGGGACGCCAACUAGAGAGGAAAUUAGGUGCAUGAAUCCAAACUAUACAGAGUUCAAGUUUCCUCAAAUCAAAGCUCACCCGUGGCACAAGAUAUUUCAGAGAAGAAUACCUCCUGAAGCAGUAGAUUUGGCAUCAAGGCUGCUCCAGUAUUCUCCAACUUUGCGUUGUACUGCUUUGGAGGCAUGCGCACACCCUUUCUUUGAUGCUCUGAGGGAACCAAAUGCUUGCUUACCUAAUGGGCGACCUUUGCCACCUCUAUUCAACUUUACACCUCAAGAACUUUCUGGUGCACCUACUGAACUGAGACAACGCCUCAUUCCUGAACACACGAGGAAAUGAAUUUUGUGUGGAAGGAACAUCUCUUAGACAUUGCUGAUGAGUUUUUGAGAGUUUUGUUGUCCAUGUGAUCGGCUUUGUUCUACAACAUCAAGGAUAGUCUUAGACUUGUGCAAAUGAUCGGAGUUAGGUUCACAUUGUGAGAUUCUUUUAUUUAUUAAGUUGACGUGUUAGUGUAGAAUGCCCUAGGCAGUUCUAGAUGAGUUCACAUCUAUUCUUUUUUUGUUACAACAAACAUCUAGUUUGUGGGGCAUUCAGAAGAUCAGUAGCUUCCUCCAAACAGGAUUACUAGUUGAAAUAGUUUUAAUUAUGUGUAUAUCAUUUUGAUUUUCUUCCA